AAAAGUCAUAAAAAUGAAUAGUAGUAGUUCCAGUCAAUCUGCCGUACAUCAAGUUUCUCCUUUAAAAAGGGAAGCUCCCAAAGUAGAAAAUCCACCAAGCAACAUAUAUAAGAGUUUUUUGCAGGUGAAGUGUGUUGAGAAUUAAGAAAGAUGGGAAUAAAGUUAUGGGUAAUGUUAGUGAUGAUGGUGCUUUCAUCACUAAAUGAAUGGUAUUGUUUAGGGUGUUGGGAGGAAGAAAGGAUUGCUCUUUUACACCUCAAAGUAAACAUGAACUUUCCAGAUGAAAGAUCGCUGCCUUCAUGGGUAGUUAAUGAGAAUGAAACUGAUUGUUGUCAAUGGCAAGGGGUUGAAUGCAGCAACACAACUAAACGAGUAACCCAACUUAAUCUUGAUGGCGUUAGGGAUUGAAAAUUAGGAGAUUGGUAUUUUAAUGCCUCUCUAUUUCUUCCCUUUCAAAAGCUUAGACAUCUCUCUUUGCAGUGGAAUCAGUUAGUAGGUUGGAUUGAGAAUGAAGGUUUUGACAGAUUGUCGAAGUUGAGAAAUUUGGAGGCACUUGAUCUGAGUUGCAAUUCAUUUCAUCGCAAAAUUUUGUCAUCUCUUAGUCAGCUUUCUUCUCUCAAGCAUUUGAGAUUUCGAAGCAGCCUUUUAGAGACAGAAAAUUACGGCAAUAGUCGUGAAAGACUCUUCGGAUUAACCAAGCUGGAAGUUCUUGAUUUUAUGGGUAAUUACGGGAUUAUCGACGAUGAUAUUCUAUCUGUGCUAAAUCUGAAUGAUUUUAUCAAUUUGAAGGAGCUCCAACUAAGUGGUAAUGGAUUUAGAAGAUUGGGUUCCAUUUAUGGUCUAAAAUAUUUGAAGGUCCUUAGUUUACAAUCAAAUUACUUCAAUAAUAGCAUUUUCUCCUCACUUCAUGGGCUAUCAUCACUGAAGUCUGUAGAUCUCUAUAACAAUAAACUAAAAGGAACCAUCCAAAUGAAAGCUUGUACAUGUUUAUUUCUCUACCUUCAUCUAGAUUUACAUGCUUUGAGUAAUUUGGAGGAGCUUGAUCUAAGUCGUAAUGAGGUUGACAACUUCACACUUCCAACAGGCAUCAAAAGUGUGCAUCAUCUCCAAGUGCUAAAAUUAGAUGACUUGUAUGUCUCCAACAUUAGCAACAUGGUGCAAUCUUUAAAGGCUUUCUCUUACCUCAAGCACUUCUAUUUUCGGAACAAUUAUGUAAAUGGAAGUAUUGGAUCUUAUGAGUUGAGCCAUUUUAGACGACUGGAGGGACUGUUCUUGGAUUAUUCUAACGUGGAUUGGAACUUUCUACAAAGUACUGGAGCACUAUCUUCCCUCAAGAUUUUAUCUUUGCCCAGAUGCAGACUCAAAGGCACCCUUCCGGUUCAAGGGUUGUGUAAGCUUAAAAACCUCCAAGAGUUAGAUCUUAGUUGGAAUGAGUACAAAGGAAUACUUCCUUCAUGUAUUGCAAAUAUGAUAUCUCUUAGAUUGGUUGAACUCUCACACAAUUCUUUCACCGGAAAUAUUGCCUCCCCCCCACUUUCGAAACUCACAUCGCUUGAAUAUCUCUCCCUUUCAAGUAACAACUUUCAAGUUCCAAUUUCUUUUAAGGCAUUCUUUAAUCAUUCAAACUUAAAGUUUUUAUUUUUGGAAAACAAUGAAAUAAUAAAUGACAACGAGUUGGGAAAUUGGGUUCCCAAUUUUCAACUAGAGGUUUUUAGUAUGUCGAAAACAAGAGGUCAUCCAUCAUUACCCAACUUCCUUUACUAUCAAUCCAAUUUGAGAUUUCUUCAUCUCCCAAAUAACAGCAUAGGACCAAAUUUUCCAACUUGGUUGUUGGAGAACAACACAAGACUUAGGGAACUAUACCUGAGGGAUAAUGCUUUUCUAGGACCUCUCAAGUUGCCAACAAGCACCAAUUCCAAUAUGAAGACUUUCGAUAUAUCUAAUAACAAGUUCAAUGGACAUGUUCCAACUAAUAUAACUUCAGUUUUUCCAAACUUGGUCGCAUUAAACAUAUCAACAAAUAUGUUUGAUGGUUGUCUACCUUCUAGUUUCGGUAACUUAAAAUAUAUAGAAUUUUUAGACUUGUCCAGCAAUAACUUGUCAGGCACAAUACCGCAGGAAUUAGUUAUGGGAUGCUUUUCUCUGAAUUUUCUCAAAUUAUCGAAUAAUAAAUUGCAAGGACAAAUAUUUCCAGAAUCUAUCAACCUACCAGACUUGGAAUUUUUACUUCUGGAUAGCAAUGAGUUCUCAGGCACCAUUCCAAGGAGUUUGUCUACCAUCCUUCUUACAGUGUUAGACGUUAGUUACAAUAGUUUGUCGGGCAAAAUUCCUACAUCAGUGGGUAAUAUGACAGUAUUGGAUGAAAUUUCUCUGUCCAACAACAAGUUUGAGGGUCCAAUACCAGAAGGAAUUUGCAAUCUCAAUUAUCUUCGCCUCUUAGAUUUGUCUGAGAACAAGUUAUGUGGUUCAAUCCCAUCUUGCUUCAAUCCAUCAACAAUAAGUCAUGUCUAUCUAAACAAUAACCAAUUGGAAGGUGAGCUCACAUGUACAUUUUAUAAUAGCUCUUCUUUGAAGUCACUGGAUCUUAGAUGGAAUAAGUUCAUCGGAAAUAUCCCUCAAUGGAUUGGCAAUUUAUCAAGCCUGAGCAUUAUUCAUCUCAGCAAUAACCAUUUUGAAGGCAAAAUCCCUCACCAAUUUUGUGAUAUGGACCAUCUAAGCAUGAUGGACCUUUCUUUUAAUUUUCUUUCGGGUCAAAUCCCGCACUGCUUUGGUAACUUCACCAGGAAGUCUGGAAGGUUUGAAGAAUCAUUGAUGUCUUCAUUUACAUCACUCUUAUCUUACAUGAAUACGGUUAAGUCAGAAAGGGCCUAUCACGUGAAUUUCGACGACACUGGAGAUUUCAAUGUAAUUUAUGAGCCAACAACAGCGACAUUCAUGACAAAGAGAAAUUCUUAUAUUUACAAAGGUGACAUCCUGAAUUACAUGUCAGGAAUUGAUUUGUCUUCCAAUGAAUUACAUGGUGAAAUUCCAGAUGGCCUUGGAAAUUUAAGUGACAUUCACUCGCUCAACUUGUCGUACAACUAUCUUAUUGGAACAAUUCCAGAAACAUUCUCAAACUUACGUCAGAUAGAGAGUUUAGAUCUCUCCUAUAACAACUUGGGCGGGAAGAUCCCCACUGGUCUGAUCAAGUUAAACACUUUGGAAGUCUUCAGUGUGGCGCAUAACAAUUUAACAGGUAUGAUACCAGAGAAAGGUCAGUUUGGAACUUUCGAUGAAGGUAGUUAUCAGGGAAAUCCUUAUCUUUGUGGCCGUCCAUUACCUAACGACUGUACUAGCACGGGAUCAACACCUAUCUUGCCAUCUGCUGAUGAUGAAAGUGAGGAGAGCGGUUUCAUGGACAUGGAGUUCUUCUACAUAAGCUUGGUCAUAUCUUAUUUAUGUGUAGUGCUUUGCAUUGCUAUAGUUCUAUCCAUAAAUCCUCACUGGAGAAAAGCAUGGUUUCAUUUCAUUGAGGUUUAUAUAUACCAUUUUUGAGGCUGUGUGUUCUGGACAAAUCAAGAUUUGAUGAAGUAAUGAAGCAGUAAAGC